CCCAGAGAGUGUCAGCGCUGCAGCUUAGCCGUGCGAGGGCAGUGUCGUUUGAUAUCGGUGAAUCAAUGGGCAGUGAGUUCCCGGGGCAACAGCUCGCACCCACCACACAUACACACUCACGCACCACGUGCCACAUCGCCUAUAAAUAAGAAACCCAUACAUGUUGAAAUGACGGUAAACACUAGCCCAAUAUAAAUAAGGCGCUGGGAAUGCCUCAUUAGCGCUCUGUGAGCUGUAAGGGCUUGAGCGGGACCGCGGUGCGUUGCCAAAUCGUACUACAGCAGCAGACAGCAGGCGCUGCCAUCAUACAGGAACACCCCGAGCGGGAGCACCAUGGCGGGCACGCGCUCCGAGGGCCGCCGGCGGCGCGCUGCCGACCCCGCGAGCUCCUCCGCCUCCUGCGGGCUCAGCGCGGACCCCGCCCUGCGCAACGCCAACCGCGCGACCCGUGGCCCCUUCGUGUGGCAGAGGGCGCGCGACCCCGCCCCGCGCGACCCCGCCCCGCGCGCGCCCUCCUCGCGCGCGCACAGAGACGCGACGGAGGCACCGACGCCUCCGCGGGGCAGCGCCGCGGUGGAGAGAACUGUGAGCAGGCGUCCGGAGGCGCUGCUGCUCCGCAAUGACGAGAACAGAAGCCACCGCGCCAUCCCGCGAGAGGUCGCGACCCCACGCCAAACGAACCACGCGUGCGUGCCAACAAACCACGCGUGCGUGCCACACGGAGUUCUACCGCCCCCUGGUGGCCACGGCGAAGCAGUGCAGGCAGCCGCGCCUCCUCGGACGAGUUCCAAGGCGAUUCAAGGAUGCUCGCACAAGCCUCCCCCAGAAGACUCCCGCGAAGACGCCUCACUCGGCUUCUCCCUGCACAAGCAAGUGAAGCUUCAGCAGGAGUGGAGCCCCGUGUCCAUGGCCAUCAAGGAUGACAAUGCCCUCGAGCUGACGCUCUUGAGGGAGGCUGGGGUGAACCUGCUUCGCGUUCCCGGACAGACUCUGCCGCCCAUUCACGAGGCAGCUAUGCUGGGCAAGACUCGCUGCCUGCGAAUGCUUACUCAAGCUUUCCCAAAGGCCCUCGAUGAGAGAACGAAGACCAACGACACCCCCCUGCACCUGGCCACCUGCCAGGGCAAGACGGAGUGCGUGGACAUCCUGCUGCAGGCCGGAGCCAACCCCAAUGUCCACAAGACCUGGAUGGAAACGCCUCUCUACAAGGCGUGCGAGUACAAGCUGCUGGAGGUGGCCGAGCUGCUGGUGCGACACGGCGCCAACGUGAACACGCGCGACCUGCACAGCCACACGCCCAUCUACGAGGCCAUCACCCGCCACAGCCUGCCCAUCGUGCAGCUGCUGGUGACGGCGGGCGCCCGCGUGGACGUCCGCGACAAGUACGGCGCCACGCCGCUCUUCGUGGCCGCCCAGUGCGGCGUGCUGAGCGUCGUCGUCUACCUCGUCAGGAUGGGCGCCGACGUGGAGACGGCCACGCAGGACGGGAGCACCCCGCUCUUCGAGGCGUGCAGGAACGGCCACGAGGAGGUGGCCGCCUUCCUCGUGGCGGCCGGGGCCGACGUGAACCGGCCCAACGACGGCGAACUGCUGCCCCUGCACGCGGCCGCCCAGCAGGGCAGCCUGCGGCUAACGUCGCUGCUGGUCGAGUCGACGAGCCGGAUCGCCGUGGCUCGGAGUGGCAUUAGCCCACUUCACCUGGCCGCCAAACACAACCACGACGAAGUCUUGGGCACGCUGCUCGACCUCGGGUUUGACCCCAAUGCACUCCUGUCUCACAGUCGCUCCAAAUACUUCGAAGACCGCCGCACCACGGCCCUCUUCUUCGCCGUUUCCAAUGACAAUCUGAACGCCGCUCACCGCCUGCUGCGAGCCGGCGCCGACCCGAACCUUGACGUUCUCCAGCCGUUGCUGGUGGCCGUGCGGAUGAAUUCCCUGCCCCUCGUGGAGGCCCUCCUGGAGCACGGCGCCGACACGGAGAGGCCCGUCGUGACGGUCGGCCGGCCCACCGCGUUCCCGUCGGUGCUCGUGUAUUGCGCCAGCGACGUGCGGAUGCUCGGCUUGCUCCUGCGCGAGGGGUGCGACGCGCGCUCAUGUUUCGAUUGUGCCUUUGGCGUGGAGUCGCACCACGUCCAGGUAAAGGCUCGGGAGCCGGCCGAAGAGGAGGGGCUCUGGGAAACACACGAGCAUACGAUAACCCCGCUGCCCAAUAGAACCAUGCAGUUCUGUGAGCUGUUGACGAGCAAAGCGAUGAGGCCACACUGCGAGUCCAUUGUGUGCAUGCUGCUGGAGCACGUGGCCAAUGUGCACCUCUGCUCCUGCAUCCUCCAGCUGCUCUGGGAGAACUGCGAGGAUGUGGUGACGAUCCAGCGGCUGGCAGAGACCCCCCGUUCACUGAUACACCUGUGCCGUCUGAAAAUCCGCUCUACCCUCGGUCGGAAGCGUCUGCGCUUCAUUCAGUGCCUCCCGCUGCCCCCUCUGCUGAAGAAUUACCUUGGCCACGUCGAGGACAGCAGAGCCUGAUCCAAAGGCAUUCUCAUCAGCGCAUCCGACAUAAUAUAUGGCGACCAUAUGACUGCGAAUGUCGUGCGCAUGUUUGUGUUGUGAGCAACAUCCUUUUAAAAUCAGUAUGCUGUCGACAGAGCUUUAAUAUGGAUUAUUUUACAAAUAAAAUUCACGUUUUCAGCAUUGAUGACUUCCAAACCCUAGAGCAGAGAGGGUCAAUGACCUCCCUAAACUUGGAGCUGUCACUGGAGUUGCCACCUUAUCCAAUAAGGCAAGGGCUGUCUCAGUCAGCCUCGGUCGUCAGUGUGCGGUAAAUUAUAAUAAAGUGAAACACAACGAAACCAGACCUCGGUACAAAUCAAUUCCUGCUACGUGAAUACAGGUGCCAAUUCCCCACACUGUCUUGGUCAAACUCUGACCAAGUGGCAACCAUAAUUAUGAGCUCUGUAUAAGUAUCUUGUAAUCGGCCGGCGGUAAUAUUUACAGAGAUAAACUUGGUUUGAGGGCCGCUGGAUUAUCUAAACUUAGAAACAAAAAUUAGUUUGUCCAGGCUCGGUUUACCGUGAGGAAGGUACAGUGCGUAGGAAAAACAUCUAUGAACAAUGAAAACUCGUCUCGAGUAAUUCCCCACUCCCUCCUCCUCACCCCACAAACCCCACACUCCACAAUACGCUGGUGCUUGAGUCGCUGCUAAGGAAUGAUAGUUGAUAGACUGCGACAAAGUGCAACCUCUCAGAUAGGCAGGCAGGUGGAGCUGGGUGCCAUUCUAUCGGUGCUCAUUGGUUCUCUCUGUACUGCGAUAUGUGUAAGAUUGCUGAUGCAAUAAUGUAGGCUCGCAUUUUAUAUGUGAAUGGAAUGCACGAUAUGUGUAAUGUGUGUUAUUUAUACAUUGUUAUAUUUGUAGGAACAUGGGUCUGUAAAUGCAUCAUGUUGAUAUUAUGUACUCUAUAUGAUGUAGUUUAUGCCGAGCUGUGUGAAUAAAGUGCAUUGCGUAUGAA